GUGCGCUUAGCACUAGCUGGGCAAAAGCAGCAGAAGGAGCAAAAAUGUUCUGCCAUCGAUUACUGCUGUCUGUACGUGACGUCAUUUUUCAAAGCAUUGCGUUCGCGCGCAGUAGGAUUAACAGCGUCAUCAGAUGUGACGUAAACAAUUGUUCUGAUUGGUCCAAUGAUCUGACACAGCCCCGCUUACAAACUACUGCAGUUUCCUGUUUGCAGACUUUGAAUUCCCCGGAAGUAAUACUAUUCCCAAGUCGCGCAUUGGCUGGAAGUAUUUCCGGGGCCGUGUCAGCGCUCGUCCGCGGGUAGUUUAAAUCAUUGUUUAUCCCGUUGACGCAUCUAUCUCGGGUCAUGGCCGCGGAAUCCCGGAGCCUCCUGGAAAGGAUCUCUGGCCGGCUGGCGGGGACUGAGCCUUCUCGGACAAGGCAAAAGUCUGCUCCGCAGCUCCUGACUCCAGAGGGUGAUCUCAGUCCCCAGCUGCCAUCUUGUGCACAGGAGUUACUCUUGACCGAUUCAGAGGAAGACACUUCACCAAAGAAACUGUCACAGGAAAGCCAAAGUGCCAGACAGUCAGAUCCCAAAUGUACUCUGACAAGUAAUCUGUCCAAUGCUGUGGAAGAGAAGCCAAGGACUUGUGUGGUGAUAACUGAUUCCAGUGAUGAAGAGUUUGAAAAAUUUUUGACGCAAUUGAAGACACCAAAAACCUUAUCAAAGAAAGUUUUGGAUAAACAAAGCAACAGUUUGAAUGAUUUCCUUGUUGAAUCAGAUGAUGACUACUUUGAUUCAGUAUUUUCAAAACGUGAAAAAACAUCAAAAACAAAAAAUGGAAUAAAGAUGUCUGAUACAGGAUCAGAGAGACCUCAGACAAAAAUGUCCUCAAUGCGGUGGGAUUCUCCAGUGUUUAUAAGUGACAGUGAUGAUAAUGAUUCCAUAGUAAUUAAAAGUACGUGGCGAGACAGACCUAGGCCAAAUCAUAACCUAAAAGCUAAGUCAAAGUCUGUCACAACAAAUGGUAAAGAAAAUACUCCUGAAACAAACAGCGUCGAUAUUCAAGCCAUAGUAGAAUGGACAUCUGGGCCGCAGCCCAAGUUCUGUACUCCUGGGAGCUCAGAUGAGGAAUUUGAAUCUCUAAUGGACCGCAUUAAAAACCGAACACAGAAUCAAACGCCUGGCUCAACUGCACGUAAAAUCCAACCAAAGUCGUCUGCAACAGAACCAAUAAAAGUCCCAUGCUUUGAUCUAACAAACACGAAGGCAAGGAAACCCAAAUCACAGACAGACCUGCAUUCAAGUCCAUAUUUUUCUAAAGAGACAGUUGUGAAGGAACCAGUCCACUGUGUGGAGAGGACCCCUGCAGAGAAUAUGAGACGUCUGUGUAAAGUAGAAGGCUGCUUCCUUCAAGAUCUUUCCUGUUCAACGUCUGUAUAUGUGAAGAGUUUCAAGCAGAAAAAACAUGAGUUGACAAUACAAUUGUACAGGCUUUACAACCAAACGAUAUUUGAACUGAAGCUUCCAGAAAACUUGGAAAUAACUUGGAAUAAAAAGAUGAGAAAGACGGCUGGUUACUGUGUUACUGGUCAGAAGCGGCAGACAUUGGAACGAUAUGCCAGGAUAGAGUUAUCUGAGAAAGUUUGUGACUCUGCAGAUCGACUUAGAGAUACGUUAAUCCAUGAAAUUUGUCAUGCUGCCACUUGGCUCAUUAAUGGCGUAAGAGAUGGGCACGGGCAGUACUGGAAAUUUUAUUCUCGAAAGGCCACACUUAUACACCCUGAGUUACCAAUGGUGAGCCGAUGUCACUCAUAUGAAAUAAAUUACAAGUUUACCUACGAAUGCUCGCGUUGCAAGAACACAAUUGGACGUCACUCAAAGUCUCUAGACACAGAGAAGUUUGUCUGUGCUUUAUGUAAAGGAAAACUUGUUUUACAGACCACACAAAAAGAUGGAAGUCCCUCUGUUAAUCAACUUACUCCAUUUGCUAAAUUUGUUAAAGAGAAUUAUGGGUCUGCAAAGAGAGAAAUGUCUGGAAUGAGUCAUGCAGAAGUAAUGCGAAAACUUAGUGCUGAUUUUUCCUCAAAGGCAAAAAUUUCUACUUAAAUUUAUGAUGAAUGUGAACCUAUUUAAAUGAAGUUAUGUCAACACUUGUCACUCUGGUUUAGUUAAUUUAAUAGGAUAAAGUGUGUAAAAUUUUUAAGUUUAAUGUACAUAUCAAGAAAACUGAGUCUGUGUAGUACUCUAGCUUUACUGUUUGUCCUUCAUUUUUGUUUGUCUUUUUUAUUAUAUUUAAUAAAAGAAAACUUUUGAUAAUUGUAUGUAUGGUUUAGAUAAAGAUAUCUUUUAUCCUGUUUUAUACCCCUAUUUUAACACUCAAACAUUCAGUCCCUGACCCCCUUCUCCCCCAAUCUUAUAUUAACUUAGUUUACUAUCAACUGGUGUUCCAGGUAAAACUCCCAUGGAAGACAAGGGGGAACUCCCUCUGUCUGGUGAUAAAAGGUAUAGUCUCUAAGUGAUAGUUUUCCUAUGGGGAGUUGCUCCUUCUCUGGACAGUUCCUAAAAUGGACAGAGGGGUCAGCAGAGAGCACUGUGGUCAGGCAGAAAGGAAAUUCAAAAAGAAAUAGAACUUCCUGUAGAUCAUACAGCAGCUGAUAAUGCCUGCUGGGGGUCUGUGAUCUUUCGAUGGGAGAUAGCUCCGCCCUCGAAAUCUGCUACUGCUCCUUAUCACUUCCAUGCUAUUAAAGACCUGUGUCUUCAAUCAGAGGCAGUCUCUGUUUCCUCAGAUGCUCACGGUAACCAUUUAU